AUGGAAGCAACAAAUCUGCCGACGUUCGAUCCGAAUGCGGAGACGGGAAACGUGUACCAGAGAUGGACACGUUGGUUAAGAGCGUUCAAGCUAUUUUUAGUAAGCAAAAAAAUAGAAGACGACGAGAGAAAAAAAGCUAUGUUGCUACACUAUGGAGGAUUUGAUCUGCAGGACAUUUUCUACGCAAUACCAGAUGCGGAAGAAGUCGAGGAAGGGGAAACAGCAUACAUCAAGGCCGUGCAGGUAUUAGAAGCGUAUUUCAAACCGAAAAUGAACCCGACUUAUGAAAGACACAUUUUCCGAAAUCUGUCUCAAGGCACAGAGGAAACAAUGGUACAGUAUGUUUCAAGAUUGCGGCAACAAGCAAAAAAUUGCAAUUUUGAAGACGCAGAUACAGAAAUCUGUGGUCAGAUAAUAGAGAAGUGCCAUUCAACAAAAUUACGCAGACGUUUAUUAGAAAAAUGUGCAAUUAAAUUGGACGAAGUAUUAGAGAUUGCAAAGACAAUGGAAGCAGUCUCGCUACAAACGAAAGGCAUGGAAGGAGAAGCGGUGGCUCGCAUAACAGACAAAAAAAACAUGUGA